UGACGCCACCUGCAUUAGGGCGAGGCAAGUCACGUGGUCCAGCUGCCGAAGACAGGUGUAUUUGCCGAUAACAGUUUUCAUUCAGGGUUCAAGCACUAAGAUCCAAACCCAUGUCAGCAGGAAACGGGUCCGCAGCCUAUUUCGAUCAGAUCAAAGCGCCUCCACACUAUGAUGAGGUACCAAUCGGGUCCCUGGCUCGGGACCAGGACAUCCCGUAUCCCAGCAGGGCAGACUCACCCUUCAGCGAUGAGCCCUUCCCGCCGCCUCCUCUCCCAGACUUCCCACCUGUGGGCACGGAAUUCUACCCCAGCGAUGUUGAGGACCAGCCCGACGAUGCCAUGGACAUCAAACCGGUGCGGCGUUUCAUUCCCGACUCGGUGAAGAACUUCUUCCGGGGCGCCAGCUUUCGGAGCAGCAAGCCCAGCUCUGUGCUGCCUGCGCCCGACCCCGUCAACUCCUCCACGGCAGGCGUGCGCUGCUCUCCUCCGCACUCCCGCGCGCCCUCUUCCGGCGCUCCCAGCUCCUACUUGGACCCGUACGGCGGCUCAGGGGGCAGCUAUGCCUCGCGGCGGGAGCACGCUGCCCUGCUUGGCGAGCCGGCAGAGUCGGCGUCGGGCCAGUCGGCGCGCACGGCCAUGACCUACAGCGAGCGGGUGGAGGAGUACCACCAGCGCUACGCCUACAUGAAGUCAUGGGCUGGGCUCCUGCGCAUCCUUGGGUGUGCCGAGCUGCUCCUGGGUGCCGCCGUGUUCGCCUGCGUGUGCGCCUAUGUGCACAAGGACAACGAGUGGUACAACAUGUUCGGCUACACACAGCAUUCCGUCUACGGCGGCUCGUUCGGAGCGAUGGGCAGCAUGUAUGGCGGCUAUGGGGUUGACUACAACGGCCCGCGCACGCCCUUCAUCCUGGUGGUGGCCGGCCUGGCGUGGAUCGCCACGGUCAUCUUGCUCGUGCUGGGCAUGACCAUGUACUAUCGCACCAUCCUCCUGGAUUCAGGCUGGUGGCCCAUCACAGAGUGCGUGUUCAACGCCGUGCUGGCCUUCCUCUACCUGGCGGCGGCCGUCGUGUAUGUGCGGGACACUCUGCGAGGCGGCCUGUGCUACUACCCGCAGUUCAACCAGGGGCCCAACGCCGCCUUCUGCCGCACGGAGGCCGGCCAGACGGCGGCCAUCAUCUUCCUCUUCCUCAACACGCUGCUGUACCUGGUCAGUGCCGCCGUGUGCCUCGUGCUGUGGAGGCAUGAGGCAGCACGUCUGCGCAGGGAGGCACUGGAGCAGGAGAUGAAGACAGUUGCUUCGGUUCCGCUGACCAUGAUUGGCGGAGAGUCUACUGCCUCGGGCCUGAUCUACAAACCCCUGUUGGGUGCGCCCCCCGAGUCCACGGACAGUGGAAUGAUCGCGCCGCCCCUUACGAUGGAGCCAGAGUUCCUGAGGGGUCACAUACCAGCCGGACACAUACCCAAGCCUGUCGUCAUCGCGGAUUAUGUGGCGAAGUACCCCAGCAUCCACACUGAUGAGGAGAGGGACCAGUACAGAGCUGUGUUUAACGACCAGUACGCGGAGUACAAAGAGCUCCACGCAGAGGUGCAGGUGCUGGCCAAGAAGUUCGACGAUCUGGACGUCAUCGUGAAGAAGCUGCCGUCCCAACCGGCCAGUCAGAUGGAGCAAGAGCGGAUCAAUACCAUCAUGCAGGAAUACCACAGAAAAAAAGCUGACCCCACUUACUUGGAGAAGGUGGAACGGUGUGAAUAUCUGAAAAACAAGCUCUCUCACAUCAAGCAGAAGAUACAAGAGUACGACAAAGUGAUGGAUUGGAAUGAUGGCUACAGUUAAGAUGGGUGGUGCAGCUCCGCGUCAGUCUGUUCUCCGACAGUGACCACGGCCUUGGCUCUGGGCCAUCACUGGAACCGCCUGCAGAUGUUGGCGCCCUGCUGUAAUUUUAGUAUGUCUGUCCAGCUUUGGCUCUAAUGCUGGCAUUUUCAGUUUUCCUACAUCAACAUUCUGAGCCACAGAACUUUUAGACUGCUUAUUACAAGAUGAGAUGUUGCGACUGAAGGUUUUGUGACCCCCCCCCCCGGGUCCUCCUUUAUGAAGGGUAAUGAAGCCGAAAGAACACUUUCUUUUUAAGGAAAAACUACUAAACAGUGGUUAAUUGUCAUUCUAUAAUAUGAAAUCUUUUAAUGUGAAUUUUCUGAAGGGUGUAAUUUUACUUCGAUGUAUCUGACAAAUUGUAUGCAUGAAAGGAAGAUGACAUGAUGAGUGGUUUCUGAAUUUGGUGUAUCUUGGGCCUAGAUAAUUUAGACAAUUCAUGUUUUGUUUUUUGUUUGGUUUUUUGCUAAGCCCUUUAUGUGUGACUUAAAAAUGUGUAACCUUUUUUUUACAAGUGUAUUUUAACUGAGAUUUGUAAUUUUGUUAAUUUUAUACCUAAU